AUGGGAACCACUUGGUCACAGUUCUUUCCACCGCACCCGACUCUGACUGAGUCAAACCUUCCGAGCCAAGAGGGCAGGGUGUUUGUCGUCACCGGCGGUUAUUCCGGCGUGGGUCUCGAGCUGUGUACGAUUCUCUACGGAGCUGGAGGCAAGGUGUAUCUCGCUGGGCGCUCAGAAUGGAAGGCUGUAGAAGCUAUUGCAGGAAUCAAGUCUCUCCAGCCUUCGUCCAGAGGGGAUAUCUGCUUCCUUCCCGUCAAUCUAGACGACUUGACUUCCAUCAAAGCCGCCGUGGAGACAAUCACUUUCAACGAGUCCCGGCUCGACGUCCUGUUCAACAACGCCGGCGUCUCCAACCCACCGCGUGGCUCCCUUUCACCGCAGGGCCAUGAGCUCCAGUUUGCGACCAACUGCCUCGGCCCACAUUUAUUGACCAAGCUUCUUCUACCCCUGUUGAAACACACCGCUCAGAACGAGCCGCCCGCCACCGUGCGGAUUAUCUGGACAGCAUCGGUGACCGUGGAUCUUUCCACUCCCAAAGAGGGUGUGAAUCUGGACGAGCUUUUGCGGCCAGACACAGACCCCCAACGCAAUUAUGAGAAUACAAAGGUUGGCAACUGGUUCCUGGCCCACGCCUUUGCCGAUGAGAUCGGUUCUCACGGAAUUCUAAGCGUGGCUGUGAACCCCGGCAACCUGAAGUCAGCGCUGACUCGCCAUCUGUCCCCAUGGGUGCCCUGGUUCGUUUCCCCCCUUUUAUAUCCAGCCAGGAUGGGUGCUUACACGGAGCUCUGGGCUGGGCUCUCUGGUGAGCUCACAAUUUCUGACGGAGGGAAAUAUGUACUCCCCUGGGGCCGGCUUCAUCCGAAUCCGAGACAGGACUUGUUACUGGCAAUGAGAACGAGGGCGGAGGGUGGGACGGGUGCUGCAGCGACGUUUGUGCAGUACUGCGAUGACCAAAUUUCUGGUUAUUUGUAG